AUGUCCCACACUGCUGUUCAAGGAAGUAUGGGAAGUCGCUACGCCACAGGAAAGAGCUCCCACAGAAUGUAUCUGUUCGAGUAUGAGAAUUUCCAAGGGCACAUGAUGGAGCUGAGUGGAGAGUGUCGUAACGUCUGUGACAAGGGGCUGAAGCGCGUGGGCUCCAUCAGAGUGGAGUGUGGGCCAUGGGUAGGUUUUGAGCAACAGAACAUGACCGGUGAGAUGUUCAUGUUGGAGAGGGGUGAAUACCCACGCUGGGACACUUGGUCCAACAGCUACCGUUGUGAUCGCCUCAUGUCUGUCCGGACUGUUCGAAUGAACCCACAGGACCAUAAUAUCUGUCUAUAUGAGUGCAUGAACUUUGACGGUCGCAAGAUGGAGGUGUCUGAUGAGGACAUUCCAAGUUUGUGGUGCUACGGCUUCCAGGACAGGGUCGGCAGCAUUCAAGUAAAUGGUGGGACGUGGGUUGGAUACCAGUACCCAGGCUACCGCGGAUAUCAGUACCUGUUUGAAUUUGGAUCCUACAAACACUGGAAUGAAUGGGGUGCCAAUCACCCUCAGAUCCAGUCAGUGCGCAGAGUGAGAGACAUGCAGACGCAUCACAGAGGCUGCUUCGAGCUGGCAUAAAAAAAGAAAUACCAUGGACAGAUGGACA